UAUCACCGCCGCCGCCACCGCCGCCGCCACCGUCUCCACCGUCUCCACCGCUGCCGCCGCCACCGCCGCCACCGCUCUACCGCCUCCACCACGAAAAUCAUAGUACCAUCGCGUACCUCGAGUAGUCGCCGAGUACCUCGGAGUGUCCAGUGUCCGCGAAUCCGCGAAUGCGAAGUACGGUCCGGACGCGCUUCGUUGCCGGCCGCCCCUCGUCACGAUGCUACUCGCGGUGAUCGCGCUACUCUCCCUCGCCGCCGGUACGACCACCGCUGAGAUCUUCACCAACACGUUCCUGGUGAGGAUGCGGCAACCAGCGGAGAGGCACGUAGCCGACCGCGUAGCGCUCAGAAACGGAUUCGUCAAUCUUGGGCCGGUUCUAGACAGCCAGACGGAGUAUCACUUCGUACACAGAGCUUUGCCGCACGUGCGAAGUAAAAGAUCCGUGCCACACAUGCGAAGGUUGAAGGUCGAUCCUUUGGUGGAUACGGCCAUACAGCAGGCUGGCUUCAAGAGGGUCAAGAGGGGCUACAAGCCCCUGAGCGUAGACAACCUCGUACCCUUGUACGAAAUGAAAAAUCCGGGGAAUCCCGGGAACAAAGACCCGACCGAUCCCUUCUUCAAGUACCAGUGGUACCUGAAGAAUAUCGGGCAAAAUGGCGGCAAGCCGAAGCUGGAUCUAAACGUCGAGGCCGCCUGGGCUCAGGGUGUCACGGGAAAGAACGUAACGACGGCUAUUAUGGAUGACGGUGUCGACUACAUGCAUCCCGAUCUCAAGUACAACUAUAACGCUAAAGCCUCCUACGACUUCAGCAGUAACGAUCCAUAUCCUUAUCCUAGAUACACUGACGACUGGUUCAACAGCCACGGUACAAGAUGCGCCGGCGAGGUCGCAGCCGCGCGUGACAACGGGGUGUGCGGCGUUGGGGUGGCGUACGACUCGAAGAUCGCCGGGAUUCGGAUGCUGGAUCAACCUUACAUGACCGACCUGAUCGAGGCCAACAGCAUGGGCCACGAGCCCGACCUCAUAGAUAUUUACAGCGCCUCCUGGGGGCCGACGGACGACGGGAAGACGGUAGACGGGCCGCGAAACGCAACCAUGAGGGCCAUUGUUCGCGGCGUUAAUGAGGGUAGAAAGGGCUUGGGUAACAUUUACGUCUGGGCUUCCGGAGACGGCGGUGAGGAGGACGAUUGCAACUGCGACGGAUACGCUGCGAGCAUGUGGACCAUUAGUAUUAAUAGCGCCAUUAACGACGGACAGAACGCUCAUUACGACGAGAGUUGUUCCAGCACCUUAGCUUCUACCUUCAGCAACGGUGCUAAGGAUCCCAACACCGGAGUGGCUACCACGGAUCUGUAUGGAAAGUGUACGACGACUCACAGCGGGACGUCCGCCGCGGCACCGGAAGCCGCAGGAGUAUUUGCGCUUGCUCUCGAAGCUAAUCCGCAGCUAACGUGGAGAGACAUUCAACACUUGACCGUCCUAACUUCGAAGAGGAAUUCUCUGUUCGACGCCAAAGACAGAUUUCACUGGACCAUGAACGGCGUCGGACUCGAGUUCAAUCAUCUUUUCGGAUAUGGCGUCUUGGACGCGGGCGCUAUGGUAGCGUUGGCCAAGAAGUGGAAAACGGUACCGCCGAGAUACCACUGUGAGGCCGGCUCUAUGUUUGACACGCAGGAAGUCACGAGCGAUCGAUCCAUUCUCGUGAAGAUUAAGACUGACGCGUGUGCCGGCACGGAAUAUGCCGUCAACUAUUUGGAGCACGUACAAGCCGUCAUAUCCGUUAACGCGACUCGCCGCGGUGAUCUCGAGUUGUUCCUUACAUCUCCGAUGGGCACGAGAUCUAUGAUCUUAAGUCGUAGAGUAAACGAUGACGAUCAUAGAGAUGGAUUUACGAAAUGGCCGUUUAUGACGACACACACGUGGGGCGAAUAUCCUCAGGGUACCUGGCUGCUAGAGGUAAGUUUCAACACUCAGACUCCUCAACAUGGAUGGCUGAGGGAAUGGACGUUGAUGCUGCACGGCACCAAAGAACCACCGUACACGGGAUUGUCAGCGGCGGAUCCUCACUCCAAAUUAGCGAUCGUGAAAAAGGCCCACGAGGAGCGAUUGAGCGCGAUCUAAAAUGAUAUUUGACGAUUUCACGCGAUCACAUCGCCGACAUGAGGACGAGAACAAUGGAAAAUGGAUCUUGAUCAAAGGAUGUUUACGCGACCGCACCUUUUUCGAUUUGCCGACUUUAGUUGACCAGCUCUUGAGACACAGAGAUGUACGCCUCAAUUUAAGAUCCUAUUGUAUUGCAUUGCUGACCGCCAUCGCUCGCGUGCCAAUUAUUGCCGGCACUCAUCUAUUAUUUCGGUAUUAGUUAAGACUCACUCGUAUUGGAUCGACCAGAAGAAAGUGGACUUUAGCUACGUUCCAUUGUAGUCACGUUUACCGAAUCAUUGUCUAGUCCUAAUUACGACGUCAUGUAGUUAUAUGUAAUUAUAUAUCAUAUCGAGAAGUAUCAUUUUACGAAAAUCAUGCCCGUGUUGAUACCUUUUUGAAUUUCGCGAUCGGGAGGAGCAAGGAGACACGUACGAGAGAAAAUUUAUUAUGUAUUACUCAAUAGCAGAUCAUUGAAAAUUACUCUUUUGACGGAGCGGUAAACUUGAAGUCACACAGUCGGACACGCGUCAACGUCAAUGACACGUGAUAAUAUCGUAAAUACCGUGGAAUCAAUAUAAGGUGCAGGACACCUGCGAAAGAGUAUCCCGGGAACAAGAGUUUAGUGUGAUCAUCGUCGUCCUCGUAACUCUCAGCCGUUUUUAAUAUUUAACUCCCUUGCAUCGUUCAUGUUCCACUUGAUACCGCGCGUUGCACACACGAUUUAAUAUCCCCAAAACUGUGACCUCAUUAAAUUCAUCGAACGCGAUAUGACGUAAUGACCCAAUUACAUUUUUUACCAAGCUUUUUUUUAUUACGGAACGCCAACGAAGGAGGGGGUGAGGUAUCCCUUCUGUUCUUUACGUUCGGAUUUAAUCGCGCAGAUUAAAUCGCAGGUUUAAUGUUUUUGUACCGUUGUUUUCUUAUUUUCUUCUUCGAAGAGAUAUUUGUUCAUUCGUUCUCUCUCUCUCUCUCUACCCCUCUCUCUUUCUCUCUCCCUCUUUUUCAUAGGCCUCAGAGAUACUAUAGACUUCAAUGCUCUUGAUAUCGUGUUGAGAGUAUUUACUUAUUUGUCGACAUCCCGAGAUGGAUGUCACCAUGGAUGUCACGAUCGGUUGUAAAGAAAAAUGCAUCUUUCCUCUUCUCGUUUUAGGCGCGAAUGACAGGAACGCGAGGACGUUUAUGAGGAACACGAGAACGCAAAAAAAAAAGAAAUAAUAC